UGAUAGUAAAAUUCUUUUGGCAAUAAAUUCCUUUCAAAAAAUAAAAUAAAUUUGAUGUCCUUAACUUUUAUAAUUGCAAGUGGAAAAAAUAGAUCAUUUAUGAUAUUAUGAAAACCGCGUGUGUUUUUGCGAGGGAUGAGUUUCUUUCAGGGAAUCAUUGAUUCCUUUAACUCUGUUUUCUCUCCUCAAUCCCUCAAUCCCAAUUCUUCUUCUUCUUCUCAAACCAAUCUCACUGCAAUGGAACCUUCUCCUUCUUCGAUUUCCAACGAACGCGUCGCUUAUAAGCUCAAAGGAUACUUCGAUUUGGCCACACAAGAGAUCGAUAAAGCUGUUAGGGCUGAAGAGUGGGUAUUGAUUGAUGACGCUAUUCUUCACUACAGGAAUGCUCAAAGGAUCCUUCUCGAAGCUAAUUCAACUCCUGUUCCUUCGUUCAUCACUUCCAGUGAGAAACAGAAGGUACAAUCAUAUCGUCAAAAGAUAUCAAAAUGGCAGGGACAAGUUUCUGAGAGAUUGCAGGCUCUUAAUAGACGGGCAGGAAGCUCAUUUUCCAAUCAGAGCACCUCAAACUCAAACGUUGCACAAACUGCUGCAAUUCCAUCUAAACUGUCAAAUACUACAAAAAAAGUGUUACAAAAGAAUCCUCAAAGAAAAGAUGAGGUGAAUAAAGUUCCAAGCCCAAAAUCUAGUCAAACAUCUGGUGCAAAUUAUGACACAAAACUGGUUGAAAUGAUUAACACUGCCAUUGUAGACAGAAGUCCUUCUGUUCGAUGGGAUGAUGUUGGUGGCCUUGAAAAGGCAAAGCAAGCUUUAAUGGAGAUGGUGAUUUUGCCAACUAAGAGAAGAGACUUGUUCACUGGUCUUCGAAGGCCAGCUAGAGGUUUGCUUCUCUUUGGUCCACCUGGUAAUGGUAAGACCAUGCUUGCCAAAGCAGUGGCAUCGGAAUCAGAAGCAACUUUUUUUAAUGUCACCGCAGCUUCCUUGACAUCAAAAUGGGUGGGUGAAGCUGAAAAGCUUGUAAGGACACUAUUCAUGGUGGCAACAUCAAGACAACCAUCUGUAAUUUUCAUUGAUGAGAUUGAUAGUAUAAUGUCAACAAGGACGGCAAAUGAAAAUGAGGCCAGCAGACGAUUAAAAUCUGAAUUUCUUAUCCAGUUUGAUGGGGUGACAUCCAAUCCUGAUGAUAUUGUCAUUGUAAUUGGUGCGACCAAUAAGCCCCAGGAACUGGAUGAUGCAGUUCUUCGAAGACUAGUUAAGAGAAUAUACGUACCUUUACCAAAUGAAAAUGUUCGGAAACUUCUGCUAAAACACAAACUCAAGGGUCAAUCAUUUUCUUUACCUAGUAGAGAUCUAGAAAUGCUUGUAAAAGAGACCGAAGGAUACUCUGGAAGUGAUUUGCAAGCCUUGUGUGAAGAAGCUGCAAUGAUGCCAAUUAGAGAGCUGGGUUCAAACAUUCUUACUGUCAAAGCAAAUCAGGUAAGAGGACUGAGGUAUGAGGAUUUCAAGAAAGCAAUGUCUGUCAUUAGACCAAGUUUAAACAAAAGUAAAUGGGAAGAGCUUGAGAAGUGGAACCAAGAGUUUGGCUCAAAUUGAGGUCUUUAUUCAGAGCAUGCUGUGAAUUCUGCAUGUGCUUAAAAUUAAGUAAAUGUACAUUAAUUACAAAAAUAUAGACCAAAACAAGUGCUUCAAGGUCUAUGGCUAAAAUUAAUCAUGUUAAAGCUAUUUUAUUAAUAAUGGCUAUCCUGAAAUCCUGUAGCCCUGAAGGCCUUGUUUUGAAUUUAGAGACUUGCACAUACAACCUUCAAUGGAAUGGCUGCCAUUAUACAUAGAUAUGUAUAUUAUAUAUAAAUUUAAAAAUUCCAUCU